UCACGUGACGGUGCCAACAUGGCGGCGCCGUGGCGGCGGCGCGGCCGCUGAGGGAGGCGCGUCCCUUCCGGGUGGUGCCGCGGGCCCCGAGUGCCCGCCCGGCUCCUGCUCCCGGCCGCGCCAUGCAGCCACCGCCUCACGAGCAGGACGCCCGCACUAAGAGCAUGUUCGUGUCGCGGGCGCUGGAGAAGAUCCUGGCGGAGAAGGAGGCGAAGCGGCCCCCGCACGGGCAGCUGCGGACAGCCUGCCAGGUGGCGCUGGAUGAAAUAAAAAGUGAGCUGGAAAAGCAAAGAGAAGGCACUGCUGCUCCACCAAAAGCAAAUUUCAUUGAAGCAGAUAAAUAUUUCCUUCCAUUUGAGCUGGCCUGCCAGUCAAAGUCUCCACGCAUCGUCAGUACUUCCCUGGAUUGUUUGCAGAAACUCAUUGCUUAUGGGCACAUCACUGGCAACGCUCCGGACAGCGGAGCUCCUGGAAAACGACUGAUUGACCGGAUAGUGGAAACCAUUUGCAAUUGCUUUCAGGGUCCUCAGACAGAUGAAGGAGUGCAGCUGCAGAUAAUUAAGGCUCUUCUCACUGCAGUAACCUCUCCAUAUAUAGAAAUUCAUGAAGGAACAAUUCUUCAAACGGUUAGAACCUGCUACAACAUCUAUCUGGCCAGUAAAAAUCUUAUUAACCAGACAACUGCCAAAGCUACCCUUACACAGAUGUUAAAUGUAAUUUUUACACGGAUGGAAAAUCAAGCUCUGCAGGAGUCCAGAGAGGCAGAGCGAGCGCAGAAGCCGCAGUCCCCCGCGGUGGCGGGGUCGCGGUCCCCACGGCCGGGGCAGCGGCAGCACAGCUCCUGGGGAGGCAGAGCUGGCACCGCCGGGCCCGUGCUGGCCAACGGGGAGCCCGGCCGUGGAGAGCCUGUCCCUGGAGAGCCUGUCCCUGGAGACCCCGGCCGUGGAGAGCCCGUCCCUGGAGAGCCUGGCCGUGGAGACCCCGGCCGCAGGGAGCCCGUCCCUGGAGAGCCUGUCCCUGGAGAGCCCGGCCCUGGAGAGCCCAUCCCUGGAGAGCCCAGCCGCAGGGAGCCCGUCCCUGGAGAGCCCAGCCGCAGGGAGCCCGUCCCUGGAGAGCCCAUCCCUGGAGAGCCCAUCCCUGGAGAGCCCAUCCCUGGAGAGCCCGGCCGUGGAGAGCCCGGCCGCAGGGAGCUGCAGCGGGCCCCUGUCCUGCUGGCAGCAGAGGAAACAAUUGAUGGAGGAAAGGAAAUGGUUCAAGGCAUCUUGGAAGAUGUGGUAGAUUCAGCUGUGAAAGUGGCUGAAGAAAAGCAGGUAGCAGAACCUGUCAAGGCUCUGCCUGCAUUAGAGACUGCAGAUACUCUUCUUUCUGGCUCUAGCAAUGAAAAUGUACAAACAAAUGGGAUUCCAGAUGAUGGGCAGUCUGUUUCCUCCACUGAUAAUCUGGAAACAGAUGUAUCUGGACAUCAAGCUGCUGCCAGAUUUUCCCAUGUUCUGCAAAAGGAUGCCUUCCUUGUGUUCAGGUCAUUGUGCAAGCUCUCCAUGAAGCCGCUGGGGGAAGGACCACCAGAUCCCAAAUCCCAUGAAUUGCGUUCCAAGGUUGUGUCUCUCCAGCUGCUUCUCUCAGUGCUGCAGAAUGCUGGUCUGGUUUUCAGGACACAUGAGAUGUUCAUCAAUGCAAUCAAGCAAUAUCUUUGUGUAGCAUUAUCUAAAAAUGGAGUCUCUUCUGUUCCUGAUGUGUUUGAGCUCUCUCUUGCCAUCUUCCUCACACUGCUUUCAAAUUUUAAGACCCAUUUAAAAAUGCAGAUUGAGGUGUUCUUCAAAGAGAUCUUCCUGAAUAUUCUAGAGACUUCUUCAAGUUCCUUUGAACACAAAUGGAUGGUGAUUCAGACUUUAACUAGAAUUUGUGCAGAUGCCCAGUGUGUGGUGGAUAUUUAUGUUAACUAUGAUUGUGAUUUAAAUGCUGCUAAUAUAUUUGAACGUCUUGUAAAUGAUUUAUCCAAAAUUGCACAGGGACGAAGUGGCAGUGAGUUGGGAAUGACACCUUUACAGGAACUAAGCCUGAGGAAAAAAGGACUUGAAUGUUUGGUGUCUAUUUUAAAAUGUAUGGUAGAAUGGAGCAAAGACCUUUAUGUGAACCCCAAUCAUCAGACUAGCUUGGGUUCAUAUAAACCAUCUGAACAGGAAAUGGCUGAGGGUAAAUGCCUGGACCCUGGAGGGAGACGGAGUAGUGUCAGUUCCUUGGACUCCACUGUAUCCUCAGGAGUUGGAAGUGUUGGUACCCAGACUGCUGUCCCAGAUGAUCCAGAGCAAUUUGAAGUCAUCAAGCAGCAAAAGGAAAUAAUUGAACAUGGGAUAGAACUGUUUAAUAAAAAGCCAAAGAGAGGAAUACAGUAUCUGCAGGAGCAGGGAAUGCUUGGCACUACAACAGAGGACCUGGCACAAUUCUUGCACCAAGAGGAACGCCUGUGCUCUACUCAAGUAGGGGAGUUUCUUGGUGAAAGCAGCAAGUUUAACAAGGAAGUGAUGUAUGCCUAUGUAGACCAGCUUGAUUUCUGUGGAAAGGACUUUGUCUCUGCUCUGCGUAUAUUUCUGGAAGGUUUUCGUCUGCCAGGUGAAGCCCAGAAGAUUGAUAGAUUAAUGGAGAAGUUUGCUGCUAGAUAUAUUGAAUGCAACCAACGGCAAACACUAUUUGCUAGUGCAGACACUGCCUAUGUUUUGGCAUACUCCAUUAUAAUGCUGACUACAGACUUGCACAGUCCACAGGUAAAAAAUAAAAUGACAAAGGAGCAGUACAUUAAAAUGAAUCGAGGAAUCAAUGACAGUAAAGACCUGCCAGAAGAGUAUUUAUCAACAAUCUAUGAAGAAAUAGAAGGAAAGAAAAUUGCGAUGAAAGAGACAAAAGAAUAUGCAAUUACAACCAAGUGUAGUAAACCAAGUGUAGCUAAUGAGAAGCAGCGGAGGCUGUUGUACAACUUGGAGAUGGAGCAAAUGGCAAAGACAGCCAAAGCCCUCAUGGAGGCAGUGAGCCAUGCAAAGGCACCUUUCACCAGUGCCACUCACCUGGAUCAUGUCAGACCCAUGUUCAAACUUGUCUGGACUCCGCUGCUGGCCGCUUACAGUGUUGGCUUGCAGAACUGUGAUGACCCAGAGGUUGCAUCCCUGUGUUUGGAGGGAAUACGCUGUGCCAUUAGGAUAGCCUGUAUCUUUGGAAUGCAGCUUGAACGAGACGCUUAUGUGCAGGCCCUUGCUCGUUUUUCCUUGUUGACUGCCAGUUCCAGCAUUACAGAAAUGAAACAGAAGAACAUUGAUACCAUUAAGACACUCAUUACAGUUGCUCACACAGAUGGCAACUAUCUUGGCAAUUCUUGGCAUGAGAUCUUGAAAUGUAUUAGCCAGCUGGAACUGGCACAGCUCAUAGGAACUGGUGUGAAAACUCGGUAUUUGUCUGGUUCUGGGCGUGAGAGGGAAGGCAGCAUUAAGGGCUAUGCCUCUGCAGGAGAAGAGUUUAUGAGCCUGGGAUUAGGGAACCUCGUUGGGAGUGGGGCUGACAAACGGCACAUGGCGAGCAUCCAGGAGUCUGUGGAGGAGACCAGCUCACAGAGUGUGGUGGUAGCAGUAGACAGGAUAUUCACGGGCUCCACGAGGCUGGACGGGAAUGCCAUAGUUGACUUCGUGCGGUGGCUGUGCGCUGUGUCCAUGGACGAGCUGGCGUCCCCGCACCACCCGCGCAUGUUCAGCCUGCAGAAGAUCGUGGAGAUCUCCUAUUACAACAUGAACCGCAUCAGGCUGCAGUGGUCGAGGAUUUGGCACGUCAUUGGAGAUCACUUCAAUAAGGUUGGGUGUAACCCUAAUGAAGAUGUUGCCAUCUUUGCUGUAGACUCAUUAAGGCAGCUGUCAAUGAAAUUUCUUGAGAAGGGAGAGUUAGCCAACUUCCGCUUCCAGAAAGACUUCCUAAGGCCUUUUGAGCAUAUUAUGAAGAAAAACAGAUCUCCGACUAUUCGCGACAUGGUGAUCCGCUGUAUUGCUCAGAUGGUGAACUCUCAGGCCGGGAACAUUCGUUCAGGCUGGAAAAAUAUCUUUGCUGUGUUUCAUCAGGCAGCGUCAGACCACGAUGGGAAUAUCGUAGAGCUGGCCUUUCAGACUACAGCACACAUAGUUACAAAUAUUUUUCAGCAGCAUUUUCCAGCUGCAAUUGACUCAUUUCAGGAUGCAGUAAAAUGCCUCUCUGAGUUUGCCUGUAAUGUUGCCUUCCCGGACACCAGCAUGGAAGCCAUCAGGCUUAUUCGCUAUUGUGCAAAAUAUGUCUCAGAAAGACCACAGGUAUUAAGAGAAUACACAAGUGAUGACAUGAAUGUGGCUCCCGGGGACAGAGUAUGGGUCAGAGGAUGGUUUCCUAUUUUGUUUGAACUUUCUUGUAUCAUCAAUCGUUGCAAGUUAGAUGUUCGUACAAGAGGCUUAACAGUGAUGUUUGAAAUCAUGAAGAGUUACGGGCACACCUUUGAAAAGCACUGGUGGCAAGACCUGUUUAGGAUUGUGUUUCGGAUUUUUGAUAAUAUGAAACUCCCUGAGCAACAAACGGAGAAAUCAGAGUGGAUGACCACGACGUGCAACCAUGCCCUUUAUGCCAUCUGUGAUGUGUUCACACAGUUCUAUGAAGCUUUGCACGAGAUCCUUCUUCCUGACAUCCUUGCACAGUUACACUGGUGUGUGAAACAAGAUAAUGAGCAGUUGGCACGAUCAGGUACAAACUGCCUAGAAAACCUGGUAAUACUCAAUGGACAGAAAUUCAGCCCUGAAGUCUGGGGCCAGACAUGCAAUUGUAUGCUGGAAAUCUUCAAAACAACUAUUCCUCAUGUCUUGCUGACAUGGAAGCCUGUAGGAAUGGAGGAAGAUUCAUCUGAAAAACACUUGGAUUUGGACCUAGAUCACCAGUCUUUAAGCAGCAUGGAUAAAAAUGCUUCUGAAAGAGGACAAAGCCAAUAUUCAAAUCCAACAGAUGAGAGCUGGAAAGGUGGUCCCUACACAAACCAAAAACUGUUUGCUGGCCUGUUGAUCAAGUGUGUGGUACAGCUGGAGUUGAUACAGACCAUUGACAACAUCGUAUUCUAUCCAGCAACGAGCAAGAAGGAAGAUGCUGAGCACAUGGCUGCAGCUCAGCGAGACACGCUGGAUGCAGUCAUCCACAUUGACACAGAAGACCAAGGAAUGUAUAAAUAUAUGUCUUCACAUCACCUUUUUAAGUUGCUGGAUUGUCUGCAAGAGUCUCACUCAUUUUCAAAAGCCUUUAAUUCAAAUUAUGAGCAGCGAACUGUGUUAUGGAGAGCAGGGUUCAAGGGUAAAUCAAAACCCAAUCUCUUAAAACAAGAGACCAGCAGCCUGGCAUGCUGCCUGAGGAUCCUGUUCCGGAUGUACGUGGAUGAGAGCCGGCGCGAGGCCUGGGACGCGGUCCAGCGGCGGCUGCUCAGUGUGUGCAGUGAAGCCCUGGCGUAUUUUAUUACUGUCAACUCGGAAAGCCACAGAGAAGCCUGGACCAAUCUCCUGCUGUUGCUUUUAACAAAAACACUAAAAAUCAGUGAUGAUAAGUUCAGGGCGCACGCUUGCACCUAUUACCCGUACCUGUGUGAGAUGAUGCAGUUCGACCUGAUCCCCGAGCUGCGGGCGGUGCUGCGCAAGUUCUUCCUGCGCAUCGGGGCGGUGUUCAACAUCUGCCCCGCGGGCGAGCAGGCGCGCACAGCUGGCCCCAGCCUGCCUCCCGGGGGCUCCCGGUGAGGUGUGCUAAAGCUGUGUCCAGAGACGGGACCCCGGUGCAGCACCACAGGAGCGAGUUAUCCUUACCACAAUGCAUUUGGGAACGAGGAAAAUAAUCCUGUUGUGUCCACCCUACAGAAGUGUCAGCGGUUUUAUUUGAAUUAUUGCUUACAGAGUCCAUACAGUAGGUGUGCGGUCUCUUUGUUUCAGUGCUAAUCAUUUGUAUGAUCCAGUACGUCUCUUCUAGUCUGUCAUGCACUGUUCAGUCUUUCACCCCAGCUGGAGCUGGUAAAUCAGCUGGAUCUCUCCACAGAAGUCAUGCCCCUUGGAACUAAUGACUGUGUUUGUGUAGCCUUGUGAUGUUGGCAAGUGUUCGUAAUAAACUUGACUGUGGUGGCCAGUGACCACCCGAGAUCCCUCUGGGUUUUCCUCUGUGGCCAGGCCAGGCAGGGCACCGGGCUGUUGAUGUGGACAGCCUGGAGGAUAUUUGGAGAAGGUUUUUCUCCUGUUUAGCAAAUGACUUAAUUUUUUUUUAAUACCAGUACUGCAUCUUCUGAGACUUAUUUUUAGUUUUAUGGAAGAUUUUACAUCAGGAGCACCAAUAGCAUCUACUCCUUUAGCUUAUAAGGCUUGAGUUAAAGGCAUUUAAGAAAAAGAAAUUGCAUUCCUUUUCCUUUCCUACAUUGGCAGAUCGUAGAGCAUACACAGGAACAUCAAAAACAAGGCUCAGAAGAAAUAAACCCACUUUUUUGACCCUUGAAUAUAAUUUAGGAGUAAUGAUGACUGCUUAGCAAAAAGUCCAGUCCUUAAUGCAAGUUUUGUCUCCUUUUACUGCAGAUCUGCAAGUUCUGAUUUGUCAUUUUGUGCAAAUGAUUUUUGUUCUCAUCUCUUAGUUCCUGGUGGCAUCUAAAAACCCUGAAUUUCCAAAAAAAACCUGCUCUAGCAAAAUUAAAGAAGCUCAUUCACGUGCUCUAAGUUAACAACACAAUUCUGUGCUUUGAAGGCUUUCUGUGAAACAAAAUGUGACAUGACACCACAGCUUUGCUUUCCCAAGAGAGUUUUCUCUCUUUCCUGGAAAUGCAUCAGGUUUCUGUGACAAUGUUUCUAUAACAGGAUGCUGUCUUUACCUUUGAAAUAAUUUUGAAUUUCAAGUUUCAAGACUUUUCUAAACUGGGAAAGUAUGGCAGGAUGGGAGGAGAGGCUCCACUUCCUAAAAUAAUGCAAAGUAGUAUUAACUGCUGUGCUAUCCAGAGUAGCUAACUUAAAAUAUUAACAGUAUUUAAAGAAAAAACAAACCAACAAACAGCAACAACAACCUACCUACUUGAAUGGAACUAGGUGUGUAACAUUAUUUUGUUUUUUGAGAUGUUUCCUGGUGGGAUGGCCUCAGGUGAGGCUGUCUUGGGAUAUGCUGCUCUGAGCUGCUGGGAAUGUGCUGUCUGUAGAGCGGUUUUUUUGUUAUUGUUUGGGGUUUUUUUUGUUGUUGUUUUUUAUUUGUUUGGUUUGUUUUUUGUGAUCUUUUUCCAAAGGGUUUUUAUGGUGCUCCUCAGUACAUGAGUUUGUCCUGUGUAAGCAUUGUUUGAGAAAGGCUUUACAGUCAGUAGUAAUGACAAAGCUUUCACAAUUUAUUUUCACUUUUUAUUUUUAACCAAAGAAGAGUGGUAGUUGUGGCUCUUUGACUUUUAGAUGCCCAUUAGGUGAAAUCUAUACCCUGCUAUUUAGUAGAAGGGAGUGAAUGGCUAUGUAUGACAAUAGGAGAAGACUGAAUAAUAAGCAGUGCUGGUAUUUAACUUGCUGCAUUUGAAAUGUCAUUUUGUGUUGCAUCUCGUGUAGCUGCUCAUUCCCUGGGCAUGUCACUGCAUUGGGUACUGCAGAAAAUGAAGUUAUUUAUUUUAAUUCUAUUUAAAUCUAGAAUAAUACGCUAUUCCUUUUCUUCUGGUCGUAAGUAGUCCUAAGGGAAAUGCUGAACCAUUAUUUUUCAGAUUUGGAACUGCCUCAUGGAAUGUGUUCCCUCAUGUCCCAUCAGAUACACCUGGCCCAGCUGCAGGUGUCACGGGUUUGAAAGCCCUGCAAGUCUCAAUUUUGAGGUCUUACAUGACUUCACAGUUGCUUCAUGGGCUUUCUUUACUGUAUUACUGUAAGGGGCAGCACUUGUAGUCUCUCUCUGCACAUAGGAUAAGGAUAUUUAAUCCAUGCUUCCCUUCAGCCUUUGGUCUGAGACUGUUCUUCUCCUUAAGAAAAGCUUUUGUAUUUACACCAGUUCCAGGCUGCUGAGGUUGGGUACGUGCUAUGCAGCCUUGCCAGGGCCUGCAGAGCAGGAGGCAGGAGGGGCCUGGGCUGCAGUGCACUGGCAGAGCCCAGCCCUGGCCCUGCAGGCCCCUGGCCCCAGCACAGCAAUAAUCGGGGUGUGCUCGCUUGCUCCUGAGGCAGGAAGGGCUGAGCCCAGCUCUGUGCCCGUGCAGCUCACCCCAGAGUGUGCCAGCUGAUGGCUCCAGCCCCCAGAGUGUGCCCGCUGAUGGCUCCAGCCACCAGAGUGUGCCAGCUGAUGGCUCCAGCCCCCAGAGUGUGCCCGCUGAUGGCUCCAGCCACCAGAGUGUGCCAGCUGAUGGCUCCAGCCCCCAGAGUGUGCCCGCUGAUGGCUCCAGCCACCAGAGUGUGCCAGCUGAUGGCUCCAGCCCCCAGAGUGUGCCCGCUGAUGGCUCCAGCCACCAGAGUGUGCCAGCUGAUGGCUCCAGCCCCCAGAGUGUGCCCGCUGAUGGCUCCAGCCACCAGAGUGUGCCAGCUGAUGGCUCCAGCCCCCAGAGUGUGCCCGCUGAUGGCUCCAGCCACCAGAGUGUGCCAGCUGAUGGCUCCAGCCCCCAGAGUGUGCCCGCUGAUGGCUCCAGCCACCAGAGUGUGCCAGCUGAUGGCUCCAGCCCCCAGAGUGUGCCCGCUGAUGGCUCCAGCCACCAGAGUGUGCCAGCUGAUGGCUCCAGCCCCCAGAGUGUGCCCGCUGAUGGCUCCAGCCACCAGAGUGUGCCAGCUGAUGGCUCCAGCCCCCAGAGUGUGCCAGCUGAUGGCUCCAGCCCCCAGAGUGUGCCAGCUUACGGCUCCAGCCCCCAGAGUGAGCCAGCUGGUUCCUCCAUGCCCUGCAGUGCUGCCAGCUGGUUCCUCCAGCCCCCUGCAGUGGUGCCAGCUGGUUCCUCUGUGCCCUGCAGUGCUGCCAGCUGGUUCCUCCAGCCCCCAGAGUGUGCCAGCUGGUUCCUCCACACCCUGCAGUGGUGCCAGCUGGUUCCUCCAGUCGUGCAGCUGGCUGUGUGGAGAGCAGGACUGUGCAGUACAGGGAAGGAAAGUCAGCUCUUGCAAGGGCUGUGCAACAGAGGGAUGUGCAGCUCGCCUGCCUGUAAGGGCAGAAAUGCUAGAGACUCCACGUGCUUGUUGUCAGGAGUCAUUUCAGGCCUCCCGAGGGAAGGGAGCAGAGGAUGCUAAUGAGGAAAACCCUAAAGCCUCCCUUUUGUGGCGAUUAAAAACUCCCUUCAUGUUGGUUCUGUUGUGUCUUACCGUCCAGGAAAAGUUUGUUUUUACAGCAGCUUGUUAUCCAUGUCACAUCCUAAACUGUAAACAGAACAAUCUAAACCAGUGUCCACUACUACAACCGACAGCCCCCAGAUUUUAGCUCAGUUUUACUAUUCAGGAAAAAGAUUAAAAACAGUAACUCUGUCAAAAGUGCAUCUCCCUUUAAUCUGUAACUUCAGUUUGUUCAGCACCUUUGUUUAAAAUGUAUGUUGUCACAUAUUUAAAAUGCCUGAGUUUUAAUAUCUCUGUAUUAAGUGCAUUUACUAUCAAUAAUUUAAAGACUAUUCCUUGCCAAUGGAUGUAUAGAGUUCUGAGAGAAUACCAAAAUUAUAUAAUACGAAAAACAAUGUAAAGUUUUCUACAUGAAAAUACGAUGUAUAAUAGUUACAAUAUUCCAUGCUUUAAUCAAGUGAUAAAUCAAUAAAGUUUUACGGAGUGUU